AUGUCUAGCGUUCGAUCCCCAUCCCCAUCCGGAUCUGUCUUGAGAAAAAGAGGUGGUACUACUAAGGCUACUUCUAGCCUCAGUACAUUGGUCCAGUCGGAAGGAGAUGGUAAGCUCAAGGCUAGGGUGGAACCCUUCACCGGGCAACGCUCCCAACUUCAAGCUUAUUUGAUCCAACUCCGUAUGGCCUUCAACCUUAACCAAGGACAGUUUACCAGCAACCGACUGAAGGUCAUCUAUGCCGCAGCCCAUCUUAAAGGAGCAGCUUUUGCCUGGUUCGAACCCUUUCUCAGCGACCACUAUGAGAACGCGAACGGGGCUAAAGAAAAGACCAAGAGGCUCAUUAACUCUUUCGAAGAGUUUGAAAGAGAAAUGAAGGUGAUCUUCGUGGCCUCACACCUAGACUGGGAUGAAGAUAAAGCCUUACGGGACAUGUUCUACCAGGGAUUGAAGAUGGAGGUUAAAGCCAAAAUGGCUGUACCGCUACCUACAACUCUGAUCAAAGUGGUAGACAAGGCUAUCAAGGUGGACAACCGACUCUACAAGCUCAGGAUAGAACAGCGACACCCCGGAAAGGUUCUAUUCAGCGGGUAUAGGGGAAGGAAGAAUCGUACUUACAAUCAAGGGGACCCAAUGGAUCUUUCCGUGAUGCGAGCCGGACAAUCCUCACGACCCAGAGGCCGCGGUAACAGAAGGAUCCUAGGCAGAGACGAACGGGAGAAACGUAGACGAGACAACCUGUGCUUCAGUUGUGGAAAAUCCGGACAUCGGGCGAAAGACUAUAGGACCCCGACCCAACGACUGCAUAUGAUGAGCAAACGAACAGCCGGUACACCAGGAAAAAAGGCCGACACUGGUGUGAGCACUGCCAAAAAAGCGGGCAACCUCUCUGAAUCAGAAGAGGUACAAGCACAGGAGGGAUCAAAACAACCAUUAGUAGGAACCAAGGCCUACUGGGAAUAG